AUGCCCAUUGCUGCCAUUGUUGGCACAACUUAUCAACCUGCGUACUGGCUCACAUGUCAUGCUGUCCUAUGUGAGGACUCGGCAAUGUUCGCUACCUACACGCCCACAAGGAUGAAGGGCACAGGCGUGGUGCAAGGUCUCAAGUCAUUGGCGGCGAAGAUCCAUCCACAGCUACCAUUGAACACGAAGGAGUCGAACAGGCUGCUUACUGCCUUGACAAGCUCAUUCCGGACACAUCUCGACGAAGCCCACCCAACCGCUGCAAGACCUCGUGUCGAGCAUGCCAAUGAUGCAUCGACAAGGCAUGGUGGCGCAGGCGAGCCUCAAUCUCACAGCCUGCAUUCUUCUGCGGCGCACGCAGACCGGCAUCUGGCAUCGGUAUUGACGAAUCCACUGCUGGCGAAAGGUGGUCAACGGUUCGAUUAUGCCUCGGCCAAGAGAGAGCUCAUCGAGAAUCCCGCCAAGGACCCCAUUCAGCUUCUAGAGGAAUACCACGAGAGAAAUGCUGCCACUGUCCGCAUCGCCGAAGUCUGCCUGGAGCACUUCAUGAGUGGCCUGACCAAUAUGAGUGCAGAGUUGCGCAAAGCCCACAUACUGAAGUCAGAGCCGGGACGACGCGUGGCUUUGUGGUUACUGCAAAACAAGGUCUACGAGGCCGCUAACUACAUUGAUAAUACGCUUUUCCAAAAGCUGUUGGUCUAUUUCCUGCAUGAAGAAGACAAAGAGCAGAUUGUCUGGGACUGGAUUAGCCUCGACAUAAGAAUGCCUGGCAGUGAAGGACGUACUCUGCGGACCAAAUUGAAACAGGAAUUGCACAAUUAUCGUUGGCGCGGACGGCUUCUAUGUGCGUUGAUAUACGUCAAACUCGGGCUUUUGGAGAAUCGUGGCAGUCUGCCCGCAACCAACGAUCGUAUGCACGACGCGCUGGAUGUUUACUUCAAGGCUUGUGAUCUGAAGCUUCUAGGACGACAACGCAAAGACCACUUUGAAUGGACUCCACUGGGUGCUCCGGCCGUUGCACUGCACAGGCAACUGAUUCAGCUUCCACGCCCUCAUCCACGUGUUGACCUAGACGUGAAUCGAUACAACAGGUUUCGUGACGCAAUCCCUCUGUUUCUGGAAGGAGCGCCUCAGAUAUACUUUCUAGCCCAGUAUGCCAGCCUAGAUUUGUUCCAUCCUCGACGACAAUCUCCCGAUCGAGCUCUGCAAUUUUGGCGAGAAAUCCUGAACGACAGUCCUACAGCUUCUGCCUCUGCAUUCGUGCCUCGGCUUAAGAAUGGCGAUGGUAGCGCCGAGAUAGAACAGUGGUUCGGCUUACUCGCGCGGACUGUAUACGUGUUGCAAGACGAAGGUCGCAACCAGGAAGCCUCGUGGCUGAUUGGGCAAGCUCUCCCACUGUUCCCCAAGCAGGCGCCAUAUAUGAACAAAAGGCUGGACGAGUUUCGAGCCCGUGACAAAACCGCCACAUCAAAUCAAAGUCAGGAGCAUGCUGUUCGUGUGCCGUUCCCGACAUUCGUAUAG